GAUGAUGGCCCAGCCCGGCCCUCCAGGACCGCCCGGCCCCCCGGGGUACAUGGGACACCAUGGAAUGCCUGGUCCCAAGGGUGAACCUGGAGAGGCGAUCAGAGGAGAGAAGGGCGUGGCUGGAGCACCUGGACUGAGUGGGUUGGACGGCCUCCCGGGUCCGUCUGGGCCGGCAGGAUUAGUGGGGCUCCCAGGUGCCAAGGGAGAAAAGGGGAAGUUAGGAGAGCCCGGAAUGGAUGGUUUUCCAGGUCUGCCGGGAGGAAAAGGCGAUCGGGGCGAUAGAGGAGACAAGGGGGACCGGGGGACAGUGGGGAAGCGAGGGCUGAAGGGGCCUAAGGGCGAGCAGGGCCCCCCGGGACUGGACCAGCCCUGUCCUGUGGGUUGUAACGGACCCAAAGGCCUCUCAGAUGGGGCCGCUCUCUCUGAUCCUUCCCCUCCUCUUCCUCCUACGGCCCCCGGCGCCCCCGGGGGCCCCUGUCCUGUGGGCCAAGAUGGACUACCAAUACAAGGUUGCUGGCACAAGGAGGAGAUGGCAAGGCAGAAGCUUAAACGCAAGCGUCUCUCUCAGCCCUGAACAGGAGAGAGGGUUCCUAGGGGGGACAGGAAGGAGACGUAGAUGGACAAGAGAGCAUAUGGGACUACACUGCCCUCUGGGAAGCAGAGAAAACCAUGGAAGGCCUUUUGUGGCACACGCAACACUCAGAUCCGCUGUGACAGACAUUCACCAGGAGGGGGUGCCAGAAUACACGCCAUAUCCGCAUUCAUCGUAGGAGGUCGCCAGCACCCAUGUCUGUUACGAUAACGUUUACCAGGUGGCGGUAAAACAGCUCUUUGCUCUGGGUCAUUGAGGUCACUGGCACAUACAGAGAGGAUAAACCAAGUAGAAUUUAUUGAACGUGUUGUUGCUAAUCUAUUGGUUUAUGCAUUUACAGAUUCAGUUGAUUGUGGAGAUCCACUGUGAUGCUGUAUGUCAUUCUUACAGCGUAUAUUACAUGGUCUCUUUAUCUUUGCAAACCAAAAACCUUAAGCUAUUCUAGUUAUAUUUUAUUUAAAAUAAAACAGUCUUUGACAUUCUUUACAUUCAACCUGGCCAUAGGUUUUUUUCUUCUUUAUGACUUUUUGACAGUUCUUGCAUUUGACUUGUGGUGUUUUGUAUUGUUUAGUUUCAUUCUUAUCGACUCAAGUAACAUGUUGCAUUCCUGUGCAUUUAAGUUUUUGUAUAGAAUGCUCAAAAUUUGUAUUUGAGUGCAAGCCAGUACUGAAGGAACCAUAUACAGUAAUUAGAACGAUGCAGAAGUGUGUUGGCUCUAAGCAGAUCCAUUGUUUGGUUAAUUCUUCUCCUUCUUCCUUUUUUUGCUCAAAAUAGUCUUGUAUCAAAUGCUUGUCAGCCAAGUGUUAUGUAUUUUCAUUGACCUAUCUCUUAAUCAUAGGUUAAAACGUGUUAUAUUGCCAUGGCUUUUGAUCACCAAAAUAAUUGCUUGCCAUGUUUUUGUGAGAAAAGUUGUCGGUUUAUAAAGACAUAAAUAUUAUUAUUACACACUCUGAUACACAUUCUUAGUGUGUCUCUAUUUAACUCUUUCACACACAGUGAAACACACACACUCCCACACACAUACAUGCUCUCUGGGAAAUUAAAACAAAGAGGGAUUGCAGCAGGCUAGUACUCAAGAGUUUUCAAGGCUCUUGUACAAACAAGACGAAUGUUUGAAAUUGCUUUUUUUUCCCUGUCCUUUUUGUUGAUACUUAAAGAUGAUUACAUUUGAAUUCAUUCAUAGACAUUGUUUGAAGGUAUAAACUAGUAUGUGUUUACUAGAUUAACUUCCGUUUCGGGAUUGAGGUCAGUUCUCAACUAUUGAUAGGAAAGAUAUAUAAUUUGAUCAGAACAUUUACAGAAUUUGUUUAUUACCUGGACAUAGUUGACUACAGUGAAGCAACCACAGCGCCUUAUUAAUGGUUAUUUAUGUUUAUAAUGAUUGGUUAGAGUUAAUUACUCAUGUUUGUUUUUAUUUUAAAUACGAGUAAGUAAUUGUAGAUCGAUUUCUCCAGCAAUACACAUAGAUUUUGAUAUCUAUUGGCCAAUUCUAUUUUUGAUUGCAUAAUUCUUCAAAUAAUGUUUUUGUGUGGCAGGGUAAUUGCUAUAGCUACAAGCUAAAAGCAAGGUCAAUUGUAAAAUGGCUUCAUUGCGAAACAGCAAACAUCCCAGAUAUGAUCAUCAAAAUGACCUUCAGCAUGCUUGGUAAGUCUAAUCAAGACUUGUGAAUCAAAAGUGACGGAACUACCAUUAUUAAAAAGUCCAUAUAGGUUAACCAAAGCAAUUGAUCUUACUGUGUUUUAAAGAGUUAUCAGAUAUUUUCUGAUUUGUUUGAAUUGCCGAUUCAUCACCAACUUUGAAUGUGUAGCAUACCAUAUUCUGGAUAAGCCAAUUACAUGCAACUGAAAGUCAUGGCAUGCUGAAUUAGAAUUAGGAGUGGAAAUGGAGUCAACAAUUCAGUAACUUCUUAAUGACAGUUGUACAUGCCUGUUUGAUGGGAUUCUGAUAGCUAUCUGUCACCUACAUCGUUAUGUGUUUAUUUCUUUAACAGAUUCUAUCAGAGUACCUUCAGUGGGCCUAUAUGCAUAGCAGCAUCUGAUAAGACUUUAUUAUAAACAAUUUCAGUAUUAUUUUUUGACUUGUACGUUUAUUUGUUUCUGAAUGGAUGUAAAAGUAUUGAGCUAUUUUUGUAAUUAAUCAACUUUGCUUAACGAACAUUCUGGUCGACUCAACAUGUAGACUGAAAUUAAUAAUCCCUUGUCUAAAACAGUUUGUGUAUGGAAUAAAGAAUUGAGUUAAAUAACAAAACAUGUUUCUAUAA